AUUUGUUUUGCGGGUGGAAUCCAAAUGGGUGGUGACGUGCACAAGUCCGCCCUCUUCUGCUGGUACAGUGCAUUAUGACUGCCGUGCUCCAGGUUGUCUUCAGUCUGCUUCCUGAUGAACUUGCAGUCUUUGAUUAGCAUCACCCUGAAUGGACUUUAGCUCCUCUGUACACAUUAUGUGUGUGUGUCAUGCGCCUAACUUACUAAUAAAAUCAAUACGCUCUCUUCGACCGUCCUACCGUAUAUUCACACUCACUGCCUGCCAUCAUGCACUAGCUGAUACUAUGACAUAAGCUGUAAGGAGGAGUUUGAAAUGAGUAGUGUCCAUCACAUGACUAAAGAGGUGUUAAAGACCAGAUUUGGGAAUGUGACUGUUGGCUGGGAUCAAAGCGUUCCAACGUCACUGAAUAUAUUUAAACUGCACCCCGGAGCCACCUCUGCUAAAUUUAAAGGACUUAUCAGCAGUAAUUGCCACAUUAGGCAGAGCUGGCGAGCUUGUUUAUGAUCAGGGUGAGUCAGGUAAACUGCCACUAUAUUACGAGAGCGCACACACCUGGAGAAAUGUUUGCUCUUCCCUCCAGUUGAUAAGUCCUACAGAAGCCUGACGGAAAAGGUUUCAUUGGAGCAACAUGAGUUCUCAGGAUGAGUUCACCCACAAGUUCAUGGACGACCUUAGCGAGGCUGGAGGCAAUGGUUGGUCUCCAACAAGAAAAGAGAGAACUGCUUUGGGGGAAUACAGACAGCUGCCUCUGGGAGACAGCAGCGACACCUCAGAGAUUUCAGCCAUGGACACUGUGCAGCUCUUCCCACUGAUGGAGACCAAGUUGUACAAGCGCCGAUGGCUCAUGCUAUUCAUCUUCAGCGCUUGCUCAAUGAGCAACGCCUUCAUGUGGCUGCAGUACGGCAUCAUCAGCAACAUCUUCAUUCGCUUCUACAACAUCGACAGCAUGGCCAUUGACUGGCUCUCCAUGGUCUACUUCCUCACCUAUAUCCCUCUCAUCCUGCCUGUCACGUGGCUGCUCGACAACCGGGGCCUCAGGGACAUUGUGGUGGUGGGCGCAGCCUUCAACUGCAUCGGGGCCUGGAUCAAAACAAGUGCAGCCGACCCCAACAUGUUUGCUAUGACCUUCCUCGGCCAGUUUGUGUGUUCGGUGGCAACAGUUUAUAUCCUGGGUAUCCCGUCCAAACUCGCAUCCCUGUGGUUUGGGCAGGAGGAGGUCUCCACCGCCUGUUCCAUUGGUGUUCUGGGAAACCAGAUGGGUAUCGCCAUUGGGUUCCUGCUCCCGCCCAUCCUUGUGCCUAAUGUGGACGAUGUGGAUGAGCUGGCGUACCACAUCAAAAUCAUGUUCUACAGCAGCGCAGGAGUGGCCAGCGUCAUCUUUAUCCUCGUGGUCAUUGUGUUUCAGGAGAGACCAGAGAUCCCUCCCACCCAGGCACAGGCUCAGGCCAGGAGCAUCCCCCCCGACGAGUACUCGUACAUGGCUUCUAUCUUGAGGUUGCUGCGCAACAAGCCCUUCAUGCUGCUGGUGGUCAGCUAUGGGCUGAACGUCGGCUGCUUCUAUUCUAUUUCCACACUGUUGAAUCGGAUGAUCAUUGAACAUUAUCCUGGUGAAGAGGUGAAUGCUGGGAGAAUUGGUCUGACUAUUGUCGUUGCUGGCAUGGCGGGGUCCCUCAUAUCUGGCAUUUGGCUGGACAAGACCAAAACAUACAAACAAACCACCUUGGCCGUAUAUCUCCUCUCUCUGAUCGGGAUGCUCGUCUACACCUUCACCCUCAACCUGGGUCACCUGUGGGUGGUGUUUGUCACAGCUGGAAUUUUAGGCUUCUUCAUGACAGGUUAUCUACCUCUGGGCUUUGAGUUCGCAGUAGAGCUCACCUAUCCAGAAUCAGAGGGAACCUCAUCUGGACUGCUCAACUGUUCGGCUCAGAUCUUUGGAAUCAUUUUCACCAUCUCCCAAGGGAAGAUUAUUGAUAGAUGGGGCACUUUUGCGGGAAACAUCUUCCUGGGUAUCUUCCUGCUAAUAGGAUCAUUACUGACCGGAUUCAUCAAGUCCGACCUCCGACGACAGAAGGCCAACCUUCAACAGGCUGAGGUGCAGACAGUGAGUCCUGCAGGCUCUGUCUCAUCGGUGCAGGACUACGGGGCCACAGCGUGCAGCGGCCAGUCUUGACAUAAACCCACAACCUCACAAAACACACACCUGCCAAGAAAGUGACAGCUGAUCCCGAAGGAGCCGUCCCUCCACCUGAAGUUCUGAAAGAGGGGAAGUUAUAAGAAGGACCGACUCUGUCACACACACACACACACACACACACACACGCACCGUGUACAGAUAAAAACAGAAAUACUGACACUUCAAUAUCAUAAACAUGCACACAUGGCCACAGUGAAGAGCUGAGCACAUGGAGAGUGAAUCAUACUGAGCGGCGCUCUGUGAGACCUGAAGAGCCGGCAGACCUGAUGUACUGUAUGGACGCCACGCACUGGCCUGAACACCACACAUUUACACUAAUAUCCAAAGUGCAAUUUAGCUCAUCCCAAACCAAGCACAAGGCAAUCACUCACAAGGGGAACGCACUCGGUAGAGAUGACAUCAUCUUUUUAAACCUUCAUUUCAUCCUAUAUUGGCAUUUUUACAUGUCUUGACACUCUUUAACUUUUCCCAAGCUUUCACCGUCCCCCUGUGAUUAGUGUUGAUGUAGUGUUCUGUGCAUUUAAUGAGCAACAUUUAAACUGUGUUUCCUACUAUUGGACCAAUAAUGUGUGUAACUGUGUGUGCAGCUGAACUCUUUACAUCGCUGAAGGCAUUCAUUCGAGUGCAGACUAAAACUGCGUCGUGUUUUCAGCUCCUCUCUGCCGCGUGGAAGUAUUACUACUGCAUACUGCUGAUUAUAAAUAUAAUUGAUGCCGUGCAUCAGUUUUGUCUUUGUUUCACUGUAAGUGAUCUCUGCCAUACUGGAUUAAUGUGCGAGAACGUCUGGAACAUGAAGAAUGUGAGCACAGCGAGAAACAUUACGGAAGGCAAAUCGAUCCACUGCAGUUUUUAUUUUGCACAAGAAAAUGUUUUUAUGUGUAAUACUACUUAAGUUGUAAAAUUGUUACUGAGAAAUGUAGUUCAUGUUGUGUAACCAGUGUUUCAUUAACAUGUUUUACUUGUGCUGUCUGGUGAUUUUCCUAUUUUUAUGAUGAAUGUUAUGUGACUUUGAGAAGCCAGUUAUUUAUCCGUGGUAUUUUUAGUAUUUUACGGUGCUGUGAACAAAUCUACACUCCUUGAUUAUUACCAGCUGCAACAGCGACAAUGUUUUUAUUUUUUUAUUUGACUGGAUACACAGUGUAAUGUUUUCUAUGACACUAAGAAAAAUCUAGGCAAGUAAAACAUAUUAUAUUAAAAACAUUAUUGAAAUGGA